GGCUAUCCCUGUGAUGUGAUUCCAGAGCCCUGUACUACGAAGCUGGAUUUGAGGGUCAGUGAGUCCAGUAGGUGGCGGUAAUGCUCCUGUACGUUGGUCUGCCAACCGCCAAUAAAACUCAAAAGAAGAAGAAGAAGUUUCAGCGGAACCGGAUGUUGAUCUUCAAGCAAUAUGGCGACUAGCGUUCGUAGUAACAGCUUCUUCUUUGUGUGAGAAAGUUUGUGUUCUGAUUCGUCAAAGUCUCCGUAUGUCCGGAUAAACCUGCCUGACAGGACUCUGUGCUGUUCACCGUCUUUUUCUGGAUGUUUUACCUCUGACUCAUCUCUCGGUAGACUAACGUAGAAACAUAUUCAAGUUAGCUUAGCAUGCUAGCUGGUUAGCAACGCGGCGCUAGUCAGAGUGACUGUUUGAUGGAGAGAAAACUGUGUUUCUGACGGAGUUUGUGUGGAGAAAAAGUUGGUGUCACUGUGUGAAAAAUGUCUAAAGUCCAAACGGUGAGAGCGCUGGUGGAGCAGCGACUGACUGCGGCUGCUGAAGAGAUAUUUGGGCUGUUUGAAAGAACGAUAGCAGAGUACGAGGAGCAACUUUGUCGUUCAAAAGAGAAGAACGAGCGACAACAGAAACUACUGGACGCUGUUUUCAACCCUCAGAUUCAGCUACACAGAGCAGACGUUCAGCAGCUGUCGGUGAGCGAAGAAGAGUUUCCCUCUGAGCAACAGGAGAGGAGCUGCAGUCUGGACCAAGACCAGGAGGAGCCAGAGCCCCCACACAUUAAAGAGGAACAGGAGGAACCUUGGAGCAGUCAGCAGGGAGAGCAGCUUCAGGGGCUGGAGGAGGCUGAUAUCACCAAGUUCACAUUCACUCCUGUCCCUGUGAAGAGUGAAGAAGAUGAAGAGAAACCUCAGUCCUCACAGCUUCAUCAAACACAAACUGAACAGAUGGAAACAGAAGCUGAUGGAGAGGACUGUGGAGGACCAGAACCAGACAGGAACUCUGAUCCAGAUCCACAUUUACAACCUGAUACUGAGGAUGAGUCUGCAGACUCUUCUGAACCUGAGACUGAUGACAGUGCUGAUUGGAAGGAGACCAGAGAACCUCAGUCAGGUUUGAACUGUUUGAAAAAAGAUCGCCGCCCUGUCAGAGAUUCCAUAUUUAGUGCUGAUGAGAAACGAUUUAGCUGCUCUGAGUGUGGGAAAAGAUUUGGCUACAAGUGCCAUUUGAAGAGACACAUGAGACUCCACACAGGAGAGAAACCUUUCAGCUGCUCAGUUUGUACGAAAACGUUUACACAGAGUGAUGCUUUAAAGUCACACAUGAGACUCCACACAGGAGAGAAACCUUUCAGCUCCUCAGUUUGUACGAAAACUUUUACACUGAGUGGACAUUUAAAGUCACACAUGAGACUCCACACAGGAGAGAAACCUUUCAGCUGCUCAGUUUGUAAGAAAACUUUUACACGGAGUGGAACUUUAAAGUCACACAAGAGACUCCACACAGGAGGUAAACUUUUCAGCUGCUCAGUUUGUAAUAAAACUUUUACACGGAGUGGACAUUUAAAGACACACAUGAGACUCCACACAGGAGAGAGACCUUUCAGCUGUUCAGUUUGUAAGAAAACUUUUACAGUGAGUGGAAAUUUGAAGUCACACAUGAGACUCCACACAGGAGAGAGACCUUUCAGCUGCUCAGUUUGUAAGAAAACUUUUACACUGAGUGGACAUUUAAAGUCACACAUGAGACUCCACACAGGAGAGAGACCUUUCAGCUGCUCAGUUUGUAAGAAAACUUUUACACUGAGUGGAGCUUUAAAGUCACACAUGAGACUCCACACAGGAGAGAGACCUUUCAGCUGCUCAGUUUGUAAGAAAACUUUUACACUGAGUGGAACUUUUAAGUCACACAUGAGACUCCACACAGGAGAGAGACCUUUCAGCUGCUCAGUUUGUAAGAAAACUUUUACACGGAGUGGAACUUUAAAGUCACACAAGAGACUCCACACAGGAGAUAAACUUUUCAGCUGCUCAGUUUGUAAGAAAACUUUUACACAGAGUGGACAUUUAAAGACACACAUGAGAGUCCACACAGGAGAGAGACCUUUCAGCUGCUCAGUUUGUAAGAAAACUUUUACACGGAGUGUAAUUUUAAAGUCACACAUGAGAGUCCACACAGGAGAGAGACCUUUCAGCUGCUCAGUUUGUAUGAAAACUUUUACACAGAGUGGAAAUUUAAAGUCACAUAUGAGCUUCCACACAGGAGAGAGACCUUUCAGCUGCUCAGUUUGUAAGAAAACUUUUACACUGAAUGGACAUUUAAAGUCACACAUGAGACUCCACACAGGAGAGAAACCUUUCAGCUGCUCAGUUUGUAAGAAAACUUUUACACUGAGUGGAAAUUUGAAGUCACACAUGAGACUCCACACAGGAGAGAGACCUUUCAGCUGCUCAGUUUGUAAGAAAACUUUUACACUGAGUGGACAUUUAAAGUCACACAUGAGACUCCACACAGGAGAGAGACCUUUCAGCUGCUCAGUUUGUAAGAAAACUUUUACACUGAGUGGAAAUUUGAAGUCACACAUGAGACUCCACACAGGAGAGAAACCUUUCAGCUGCUCAGUGUGUGCUGAAUCUUUUACACAAAGUGGGUAUUUAAAGAGACACAUGAGAGUCCACACAUGAGAGAAACCUUUCAUAAAUGUGCUGGCCGCUCGUCCUCAAAGUUUCAUCAAACUGAGGAGAACAAAGAGGCAGAGCCUCCAGCCAGCUGCCCACAUGAAGAGAUGCAAACCUCUUUUUCAGUCUUUUUGAAGGACUCAAGAAAUAUUUUCAAGUCUUUUUUUUAAAUGCUACAAAGCUUGUAGUAACUUUAUAAAUAUUUAUUCUAUUUGUAUGAAAUGUACUAACAAUCUCAAUAUAAUUAAACAAUACUUUUUUUCCAUGAUGUGAUAUGAUAUUCAUUUCCUUUUUUUGUUUGUUUUACAAAACAAAAGUUUGCAAACUGAUAUUUUAAUUCAAUAUUUAAAAAAAGUGCAGAGGCCUGUACUACGAAGCAGGAUUUGAGGGUCAGUGAGGUAAGCUGAGGUUUAACCCUGGUUAUCAGUAUCUCUGUCUGAACUGACUGUUAACACUGUUGAGAGCAUCAAAGCAAAAAUAAUCUGAAAUUUAAAACGUUCUGGUUUGUUUAACACUUAUUUUAAUAACAUAAUUCCAAAUGUGUUCCAUCAGAGAUUUGAUUUUCUUGAAUAUGAAUCUAGAAUGUAGAAGAUUUAAUGAAAGUAAAUCAACCAGUGAGUCAGAAGGUGAGACAGCUUCUGUAUAUUAAUAGAAUAAUUACUGUUCUCUAAUAUUCUGAUUAAAUAUUCUGACUUAUGUGCAGAUCUAUGUUCUCUCAGGCUGUUUUAUUUAAUGACUUAAUUGUUGUCUGCACAAUAACAAACCUCACAUCUGUGUGUGUGUGUGU